AUGUCUGUCCUUCGCAAACUCUCCAAACACGUCCAUCCUAAUGGAAGCGAGACCCCAAAGGACAAAUCCGAGGGUCACAUCUCUCCCAUUUCUUCUCAGAGUCCCGGGCCUCACCGUCGUUCCCUCGCCCAAUUCCUACAUCUGGGGGAUCGAUCGGACUACACCUCCAGUGACAAUGAGUCCGAGAUGAGCGACUUUGACAGCGAUGGCUUGAGUAAGAAUGCGCAGAAGAGAAUCCUGGCAAAACAAAGAAAACAUGAACACCGCUCUAAACUGAGCCUGGACCAUCGAGACGAUUCUGAGGAGCGUAUCAAGAAAAGGCUGGAAGACGCCGCCAAAACCGAGACGGAUGAUAUGAAAGCUCGAUAUGGCGAUCUUCCGUUGAUGCAAUCCACGACUAGUCACACUCAAAAUCGUCUUGACCUAAGCACCGUCACCGAGGAGAUGGCCGGUCAAGAAGUCGUCUUCCGCUGUAGAUUGCACCAUGUCCGAAACAUGGGUGCUAAAUUGGUUUUUCUGAUCUUCCGUCAACAGAUCUCGACCAUUCAAGGUGUCCUUGUAGAGGAACCUGGUAAAGUCUCAGCUAUCAUGAUCCAUUGGGCCGAGCAUCUGCGCACAGGAAAUAUCAUGCUUGUGAAAGGUGUGCUUCAAAAGCCACAGAUACCCGUCAAGUCUGCUUCUAUACACAACGUGGAGGUCAAGGUGACCGACUUGCACAUCAUCGUCAAGCGUGCAGAGCCUGUCCCUUUCUCUGUCCAGGAGGCAGAGUUGACCAUUCUCGACGAUGACCAAAAAGUCGAUGGCCGUCAGAGUCAAAUCCCCGACCGUGUCAGACUGGCAAAUCGCAUUAUGGAUUUGCGAACUGCCACUUCCCAAUCCAUCUUCCGCAUCCAGGCCGCGGUGGGAAACCUCUUUAGGUGUUCCCUUGACGAGCAACGCUUUGUAGAAAUCCACACGCCCAAACUCCAAGGCGCAGCGACCGAGUCCGGUGCCUCGGUGUUCAAGGUCAAUUACUUUGGUCGUCCUGCCUUCCUUGCCCAGUCUCCUCAGUUGGCCAAGCAGAUGGCGAUCGCAUCUGAUUUUGAGCGAGUUUACGAAAUCGGCGCUGUCUUCAGAGCUGAAAAUUCCAACACCCAUCGUCAUUUGACCGAGUAUACUGGUCUCGAUCUCGAAAUGGCCAUUGAGGAAAACUAUCACGAGAUGAUGGAUAUCAUUGAUCAUACUCUCAAAAGCAUUUUCAAGGGCAUUUACACCAAGUACCGCAAAGAAGUCGAGCUCGUCAAAGAGCAGUUCCCUAGUGAGGAUCUUGUUUGGCUGGAUGAAACCCCUAGAAUCCCGUUCAAAGACGCGGUCCAGCUGCUUACAGACUCGGGUUGGUUGAAUGAAGACGGGGAACCGGUCUCACCUCUUGAAGAUCUCGCCACCCGGGACGAGAUCCGUCUCGGUGAGCUUAUGAAGGAGAAGUACAAGACCGAUUACUAUAUCUUGGACAAGUUCCCGCGAUCUGCUCGUCCUUUCUACACCAUGCCAGAUGCAAAUGACGACCGAUACACCAACUCUUUCGAUGUGUUUGUCCGUGGACAAGAAAUCAUUUCUGGUGGUCAACGUAUCCAUGAGUCUAAGAUGCUCGAAGCCAAUAUGCGCAUGGUUGGCAUCGAUCCUGACGACAUGGCUGAGUACAUGGAAGGCUUCAAAUGGGGGGCUCCUCCCCACGCUGGGUGUGGCGUCGGUCUCGAACGUAUCGUCAUGCUUAUCCUCAAGCUAGGCAACAUUCGACUGGCCUCGUUGUUCCAUAGAGAUCCCAAGUCAUUCCCUGCGAAGCCCGCCGUCGAGAAACUUCGACAUCCCGAAGCAGACACUUUGAACCCCGUCUGGAAACAAGAACGUGGGCGGGAAGUGGCAGUUCAAGACCGGAAGAUGCCCGAUCUCUAUGAUCUCAUUGCAAACUACGGAGAUGCAACAUCUACAUCUUGGGGCGAUGAACGUUACCAAAUCUGGCGUCAUGCGGAUACUGGUGCUGCCGUGUGCUAUGUGCCUGAGGGCCACUACGCCAUUCUCCCAGGCGACCCCCUGUGCCACCCAAGCCAGUAUUACCGCGUUGUCGUCUCUUUCCUUCAAUGGCUGAAGCGGGAGACGCGCUUGAAGCCACUCUGGCUGUUGAUUAGCCCGGAGUUGGAGGAAGUUCUUGGUGAGAGACUAGGCUGGAAAACUCUCUCUUGUGUCGCCGAAGAGCGGGUGGAUCCUCACAAGAAGACCGCGGAGUCUGACCCGGAGGUUGCUAGAAAGAUUCGCAGGGCUCAGAAUGACGGCGUCAAGAUCAUUGACCUUGACCCUAAAGAGCCUGUUCCUGAGAGCAUCAAAGAGCGUGCCAACGCCAGGGUCAAGGACUGGUUGGCGAACCGGAAAGGUACCCAGAUCCAUCUGUCCAACAUUGAUCUCUUCCGAGACGAGAGGCACCGACGCUACUUCGUCGCCGAAGACAAAGACGGCGUCCUCUGCGGUAUUGCAGUCAUGUGUGAAAUUGCCCCUCGCAAAGGUUGGCAAGCCAAGUACACCUUGGACUUCCCAGGAGCACCGUCGGGGACAAUUGAGUACAUUACCACCCAUGCGCUCAACGCCGCUGCCAAUGCUGGUGUGCCUAGCGUCACAUUUGGCGGCGGUGCUGCAAGUCACUUGACACCAGGCCACCAUAUGAGCGGUGCCAAGGUGAAGAUGUUGCAGGCUACAUACGAUGCCAUUGUCAAACAAUUCAACCUCGCCAGAAAGUCUGAAUUCCGAGAGAAGAUGGGUGCUGUGGCGGAUCCCAUCUGGAUUGCUUAUCCCCCACACGGUCUUGGUUCUAGAGGCAUCAAAGCCAUCAUGAGGUAA